UGAACCGUUUGACAGCUGAAUAAAAGCAACAAAAAAGAAGAGCAUCAGAAAGAGGAAAAGUUGCAUUAUUAACACAACAUAGCAAAACUGUUCGAUCAAUAGUGAAAAGUGAAAAGCGUGGAAUAGUGUUUACAGAAGUUGUUUUUGUUUGUAGUAAACGGCUGGGAUUGGGCUGUAAAUCGACUACCCGUUCGACGGUCGUCGUUUAGCCCACACUCACUCGCACAAUGCAGCGCGAAGUUGCUGACGAUGGGACCGAGAUGGUCGACAAUGGCGAAGAUAAUCCGUCCAUGAGCAGCACAAACUUAGCAUCCACCAGUGCAGAAUCUCAACACAAUAGUGAGGCCUCAAAUGUAGCAGUAAAUCAACAGCAGAAUAUCUCCAUUCAUCAUGAUACGACCGGAUCUGCAGGCGUCGGAGUAGUUGCCGGUCAGUCUGACAGUGUACGCAGCACGCCGAAACUUAGCAACGAUCGUACCUCGAAGAAUGGAUCUCAAAUGCAACUGUCUCAAUUGGCACCAGGCUCCGGAAGUGGUGGCCUGUCUGCCUGUGGUCUUUCUGGAGCAAACAGUACAGUUGUAGAUGAAGGCGAUACCAUUACCGUGAUCGAACGUCCGGUUCAUAUUGAAACUUCGGAACCAUCAAAAUCACCUCUAGGCGUCGUGAACACUACUUCCGUGCGGCUUAGCUUGUUGCCGUGGAAUAGCCACAACCGGUCAGCGAUCCUUUCGGGAAACAGUGGCAGCGGUAUGGUGACUACCAUCGACAUGAUGGCUGCAUCGGACGGAACACUUCGUCCCGGGGAGAUUGUAAUGCGCACACUGUUCACGGACUUUACGGUGCAGGCGGAGAAGAAAAUAGAAUGUGUAAUGCUGGAUGGAUCGGACAGGAAUUUGCCAAAGCUUCUCCAGCGGGGCGAAGACUAUCAGUUUGACCAGCUGCUGCAAGCGCUCGGCUCGGUGGCGGAACAUUGCUUGCCGUCCUUGCUAAAAGCACUACUUGCCUGGCACAAACAUCAGAUCUGCGAUAAAAACAUAAAGCGAGACCUGCAAACCGGUGCUAGCUCCACCGCACACCAUCCGGCAAAUAAAUCGGGCUUGGAUCUGGAUUAUCAACUGUUGCGCCGAGAGGCGGCGGUAGAGUUUAUCUUUUGCCUCGCGCUUAUUGAAAUACUGCGCCAGUUUCCGUUCCAUCCAGGACAUGAUGAUAUAACAAAGCAGAUUGAAAAUCUUGCCUUUCGCCAGUUUAAGUACAAAGAAGGUGCACAGACGGCACCGAAUGCAAACGAUAACUAUCGCAUUGCGGAUCUGUACGCCGAAGUGGUGGGCGUACUUGCCCAGAGUCGAUUCUCUUCCGUGCGCAAAAGGUUCAUGACGGAGCUGAAGGAGCUGCGCAGCAAGGAGCCAAGCCCGUUCACGACGCACAGUAUUAUCAGCCUUCUGAUGGGCAUGAAAUUCUUCCGCGUGAAGAUGGCCCCUAUCGAAGAGUUUGAGGCAUCGUUCCAGUUCAUGCAUGAAUGUGCACAGUACUUUUUGGAGGUAAAGGAUAAGGACAUAAAGCAUGCGAUGGCCGGCCUGUUUGUGGAAAUUCUAGUACCGGUAGCAGCAACGGUGAAGAAUGAAGUGAACGUACCGUGUGUGAAAAACUUUAUCGAUUUGCUGUACUCCCAAACGCUCGAUGCGUGCACCAAGUCCAAACACAAGCUGGCCCUAUUUCCACUGGUGACAUGUCUGUUGUGUGUUUCUCAGAAAUCGUUUUUUCUCAGCAACUGGCAUUGCUUUUUGGCAAUGUGCCUUAGUAAUCUGAAGAACAAGGAUCCCAAAAUGAGUCGCGUUGCGUUGGAAUCGUUGUAUCGCUUGCUGUGGGUCUACAUAAUACGCAUUAAAUGUGAAUCCAACUCGGCAACUCAUUCAAGGCUUCAGAGCAUCGUCAAUUCGCUGUUUCCGCGCGGUUCAAAAGCAGUGGUACCACGUGACACCCCGCUGAACAUAUUCGUAAAAAUUAUACAAUUCAUCGCGCAGGAACGGCUCGACUUUGCCAUGCGGGAGAUCGUGUUUGAGCUAUUGUGUGUAGGUCGUCCGAUCAAGAUUAUUAUGACGCCGGAGCGCAUGAGCAUCGGAUUACGCGCAUUCAUGGUGGUGGCGGACUCCUUACAGCAGAAAGAUGGAGAGCCGCCGAUGCCUCGAACAGUUGGCGUCCUUCCGUCCGGCAAUACGUUGAGAGUGAAAAAGACCUAUCUCAACAAAAUGCUUACCGAAGAUACGGCGCGUAGUAUCGGAAUGUCAAACUAUUUUCCACAUGUGAGGCGCGUGUUCGUUGACAUCCUACGUGCACUGGACAUUCACUGUGGCCGACCGUUGAUGAUGACGGUGAUACAGAAUCAAAACAAAGAAUUGGACGAAAUGCUUACCGGGGAACGUAAGCCGCGCAUUGAUCUGUUCCGCACGUGCAUCGCAGCGGUGCCACGCCUCACACCGGACAAUAUGACAGGCCACGAGUUGGUGGAUAUGUUAUCGCGGCUAACAAUACACAUGGACGAAGAGUUGCGCGGAUUGGCGCACCAAUCGUUGCAAACUUUAGUUUGCGAUUUUCCCGAGUGGCGUCAGGAUGUGAUUCAAGGGUUCAGUCAGUUUCUGGCUCGUGAUGUAGUGGAUACCUUCCCCCAGCUGCUGGACAAUGGGCUACGCAUGCUGUAUGCAUUUCUGACGGUUUGGCGAAAUUUGCUCGGUGCUGGUAGUAACAAUAACAGUAAUAGCAAUACACUUAACACUAAGGGAGGAGGACCAGCAGGAACGGGCGGUGGCGGUGUACCGUUAGCUUCUGCGGGUCAGCCUGUCAUUGGGCGUGCAACAAAUCAGCAAGAUUUGGGAAUGCUCAAACCAAACCUCCACAAUCUAAACGUAAACGCGUCAUUGAACGCGGCUACGAUAAAUUCCAACUCCAGUGGAAGCUCAGGCAUAUCUUCCAUCACACAAACAACCACCAUUACGGCGGGAGCCAUUGGCGGUGGGGCGGGUACGACCAGUAGCAGUGGCAUUGGGGGUACUGGAGAUGGUACUACCAACACGACAGCGGCUGGCAGCACUACCGCCGGUGGAAAGAAAGGGCAUGAGCUACCGUUAGCGACGACCAUGCACAUGGUGGAGGGUUUAGCGCUGGUUAUGCUCUGUAACUGUCGAUCACCACCGCGCAAAUUUGCUGUUAGCAUACUGAAAGAGGUGAAAAUACUGAAAAAACUUUUGGGCAUUCCCGAAACAGAACCGGCCUUGAUAGACGUCAUUGAUAAGUGCUGCCCACAGGUCCUGGAGAAAUGUUUGCAUAUGCUACCUCAAACGGAUCGAACGGCCAUGCUUAAUGCAAAUAUCAUCGACCUUCAAUGGAUCGUGGACCGUAACAGUGGCAUAUGGACGACAGGUCACGUCGAGGAAUCAACCAAAGCAUCCACUUUGACGCUCUGUCUGUCUCAAUCCGCCUUAGGCCAGGCUUACGAUCCCUGGAGUGUGUGUCUGUUUGGAUUCAUGGAGCGCACGCGUGUUUUACAGCACUGUCCAUCGGUCGUAGCGCAAGCAUGGCCGAUUUGCUAUCAACGAGUGACGAGUUUGUUCAACGUUAUAGACCCAACCCCUGUAAGUGACAACCGCGCGUCGUUGCUUCGUAGCUCGGCACCAACGAAAAAACCCCCGUCCGAGGCACAACGUGACUCACUGGCACAUCUGUGGAAAAACCAGGUGGCCCUUGCUAUGCGUCUUAUCCCACAAAUGCCGAGUGUUGCUGUACGUUGUGCUUCGCCUGAUCUCAGCUUAAGUCUGCAUGAUCAGUCGGAUUCCCGCUCGUUGUCUGACUCGUUGGACAAUAUACCGUCAUCCGUGUUUGGACCAGAAGGAAUCGUGACACGCUUCACCCUACCUCUAUCAUAUGGUCGCAAAGAUGCCAGACAUAAGAGACAAGGCUCUUCUCCGGACUCCUUGUCAGCGGAUCGAAGCGACAAAUCCAGUGGGACGAGCGCUUCGCCGGUAGCACUUUACAAGCUGGUGAUACCGUUGCUACGCUGUGAAGUCGUCGAUAUACGAGAUGCGGCCGUUAAUGCACUGGGAAUGAUAAACCAUGACGCGCUAAAGGACCUGAUGGAAGAGCUAGUAGUAUAUAUACGUGAGGCCAUUGAUCGCAAGCAAGAGAAUAUGAGACGCCGCCGGCGUCGUGAUGCACUGCGGUUGCAACUGGUGCGUGUGCUGGAGAAGAUUGCCGAGAACGGCACGUUCGGUAUCAGCCAGUUCGUGCUGGAGCGGGAAACGAUGUCGCUGCAUCCUACCUUCGUUGAGUACAUUGAUGGUGCACGCCUCUAUCUGGAAACAGAAACCGACGGCAAGGACAGCAGUAGUAUGCGUGAGGUGAAGACGCAUUUUUGCGACUUUAUUCGCAAGAUGAUAAAAAACUUUUCGCUCGAAUCGUGCGGCACGCUAUUGUCACGUGAGCUGAAACGGAACCUGGUCAAUCUGUUCGUCGGAUGGAGCGGUACAGCAUAUGCUCUACCAUUUGCACACGGCCACCACGGAUCGUCCCAUCAUGGCAGUCAUCAUGGGGUCGGUGCUGGUGGCAGUGGCGGUGGUAGCAUUAGUGGAAUCGGCAGUGGAGUUAGCGGCAUUGGUGGUGGAACCAUCGGAGCGAGUGUAUGGGGAAGCUCGAGCACAACCGCGGGCAUCAGCUCGGGGGCCAACACUUCCGUUGGUACCAUCGCAGCGGAAGAGGAAAAAUUACAAUUUAGCGCACUCCAGGCUAUGUCGGCGGUUUUGUGCUGUGGGCCAUGUUUUGAUCCCGGUCAUUUGGCGGAAGAUGGUGCAAUUUAUAGUUGGCUGGACAUGCUAAUGACUUCCAAAGACGAGAAGAUUUAUGAGUUAGCCAAGGAAACGGUGGUACUGCUACUUGAAUCCAAUCCCGAUAUAGGUCAGCUGCUUGAAUGGGUCAUCGAUCGUUGCUAUACAGCUUCUCCUCGUGAAGCAGAUGCUUGCUUCUUGGCAUUGGCGGUUAUAUUUAGUGCAAGAGAAUAUCCGUGUGACCAUUAUACAUCCGUGAUCAAUGUUACGUUACUGAUGACUGGCUGUCCCCGUGUGGAAGUGCAUUCGACAGCUCUGCAGUUGUUGCAAAUAUUGGACAAGCGUUUCUUUGGCAACGUUGGACCGCUGCAGACAGAAAAUGAUCGAGAGCCAGAUAAAAUAGGUACAUUAGAUGCUGUACUAAGUGGCGCGUACUGUCGAUCCCAAAUGUAUCUUUCUCGCCAGAUAGCGCGCCUGAGGCCGGAACUAACCAUGUCAAUGUUUUCUGAGAUAACAUAUCGGUUUCAAACGGCACGGGCUGAGGCGCGAGCAUUACUGUUACAGUGCUUGUUGCCGUGGCUGGAAAACGUUGAACUUGUGGCUUCGAGCGUGCCACCGGCAACACCACUCUCUUACAUAAUGUAUUAUCCUGAUUCUGGUACAAGAGGACGUCGCGAAGGAUCUGGCUCAACUGAGGCCACAGAAAUGAUUCUGAACAAUCUUUUCUACAUCACUGCAAAGUUUGCAGAUUCACAUCCUUACAUUGAGGAACUUUGGGGCACUUUAUGCCAAUUUUGGCCUAACAACCUUAAAGUUAUCUUGCGCUACUUGCUCAUUAUUUCUGGGAUGGCUCCAAAUGAGCUAUUAGCCAAUGCAAAACGGGUCGCAUUGUAUUUGGCGCGUUCAUGCACCAACAGAUUACUGGACGAGCUGAUGAGCGAACUGCAGACGGUGGAAACUUUGAACUGUUUAAUUGAGCGCACGGAAACGCCUCCGUUUUAUCGCUUAACGAGCAUGAGAAAAGCGUCCAGCCACUCCGAUGGUCCGGCAUCCGGCAACAACGAUCCGAAGGUACAGGAUGUAGAUGUAGAAAAGGGGACCAUUCACACGAAGCGUCACAGUGGGGAGGACCCUAUAAAGUCUGGAACGUGCAAAUCGGACAGUGCACUUCGAACGUUUGCAAAUGCCUACCGUCCGCCCCGUGGUAGCGAUAAGAUACGCACCGCGUCUGGUCCGUGCGUUCUGCCCCGGCAUGAGGACGUAAUGAUGAUGAUGAACGAACCGGAAAUGAACCAGGAGGAUAAUUUUGUGCAAAUACGCACCGAGCAACCGACUGCACCCCAUCCUUUGCCGAUGCCCGAGUACGGCGGCUACUUUGCACCGCUGACGGAGUUUUUGCCGGACACGAACAUUCCAAUCAGCGGGUUUCACCGAUGCAAUGUAGCUGUAAUGCUGCUAACGGACAUCGUAGUCGACGGCAUUCCUGGGUUGGACUGGACGCUACAUGUUCCGCUGAUGCUGCAUAUUCUAUUCCUCGGACUGGACCACACUCGCAGGAUCGUGCGUGAUCAUUGUAAGAAACUGUUGCUGAAUUUAUUGAUUGUGUUGGCAGAGCAUAACGAUCAUUUGACGGUAGCAAAAAUAUUGCUAAACAGUGACACGUCCAAAUUGCGAUUGGGUAUCGUUGUGCCAUCACUGCCGGUAAUCGAUCACAAUUUUACCGAGCCCGACCAGGAGUUCGACAGCUAUCUGUUUGGGUUAAAUAGCACUUCCACACAGCAGUCGGUUCUGUCGCCUGCCUCGAACCAGCCCAACGAGGAAACGCCGGCUGUCCCGAUGAUUGUGACGGAGGAGAACGCACCACCCCAGCCCGGUCCCACAAUGCCGACCGCACACGUCAUAAAAAGUUUGAUAAAAUUCCUGUCCAAUGAGAGCAGCCAACAGCAUCCGCUGUGGAACUAUGAGGAUAUAACGGCGAAAGUUUGGAGCAUAAAGUCGGCGGAUCAGUUGCAUUGCUUCCUACGACAUAUUGUGAAGGCGUUCACGGACAGCUAUCCCCACGCGCGAAUACCGGAGCGUUGGGCUCAGACUGCACUGCAGCUGGGGCUUAGCUGCUCGUCGCGCCACUAUGCCGGCCGCAGUUUGCAAGUGUUCCGCUCGCUUAAUGUACCAAUCAAUUCGCGCAUGCUGUCUGAUAUUCUGUCGCGGCUGAUUGAAACCGUAGCCGAGCAGGGUGAAGACAUGCAGGGCUACGUAACGGAGUUGCUGCUCACGUUGGAGGCUGCUGUCGAUAGCCUCGACUCGGAUUUCCGACCACUGGAUGUAAUGAAGGACAUCUUCAAAAGCACACCGAACCUGAACAACAAGGAAGGCGUGGUGUCGAGCAUGUACAGCGGCAGCAAGCGUUCCGGCGACGGUGGUAUUACGGGAGGAUCCCCUGGACAAAGCUUACACAAUGCCACGAGUGGCGGUCAUACGCGUAGUACCAGCUACUCCAUUUCCUACUGUUCGCGCAAGGCGGCCAACUCGCCAAUUGACAAGCAGAUUGAGCUGCGCAAUCGAAAUGCAGCGCUGGAAAUUGAGCGCAAUGCAGCAAAGUUUGGCGCUGGUCAGACGUCGCUGUCCCGCUCGCGCAGUGCACAGAGCCUGAAGUUGCUGGGAGACACAGCUACGCAGGACGAUAAGAUGACAAUACUGGCACAGCUGUUUUGGUUGGCAGUUUCUCUGCUGGAAAGUGAUUAUGAGCACGAAUUUCUGCUAGCGUUAAGAUUGCUUACGCGCGUACUGCAUCGACUACCGCUUGAUCGACCCGAUGCACGGGACAAGGUGGAGAAGCUGCAGCAGCAGCUCAAGUGGUCUACGUACCCAGGGGUGCACGCACUGCUCCUGAAGGGCUGCACACAUUCUGGAACGUACGAGGCAUCGAUUGCGCUGCUGUCGCAGCUAACACCCCUGCUUAACUUGCCAGUGUGUGAUCCAACGCAAAGCUGCGCUUUUCCCAUGAACGUCAUUGCACUGCUACCGUACAUGUUACUGCAUUACGAGGACGCUAAUGAGAUCUGCAUCCGGAGCGCGGAGAACAUCGCGCAAGUUGCGUCAGAGAUGGGUCUGAAGCUGGAGAAUCUCGGCACGGUCAUGACGCUUUACAGCAGGAAAACGUUCAGCAAGGAAUCAUUCCAGUGGACCAAGUGUGUGGUCAAGUAUCUGUACGAUACAUACGCACACAUGGGUCUGCAUAUGUUGGCGUUCUUGACGGAGGUGCUUGAGAAGGGUUGGGUGCAGGUGCAGCUGCAGGUCCUGAGCGUGAUACACUGCAUGUUGCAUUACGUCGAUCUGUCCGCCGUAGCCAUACAGCCGAUCGCUGGUGAUAUGCUGAGGAUAAUUUCAAAGUAUUUAGAUAGCCCCAACUGGAAAGAAGCGCUAAAGAUCUUAAAGUUUGUGGUGACACGAAGCUCCAGCCUUCAAGUAGUUCCCCAAUCAUCCGAAGGAGGUGGUGGUGGUGGUGGCGGUUCGUCGUUCGCUAACCUGCACGGAAGCUUCAGCGAUUCGGAGGUAUUCUGCAAGAAGGAGCUGGCAGGACGGACGAUGGAAUUUUCAUUCGACGUGUCGCAAACACCGCUAAUAGGGCGAAAAUUGCUGCUAAAAUCCGACCACGAUACAAGCGCACCGUCUGGCGUCGGUGGUGGAACACAAAUGGGUGGUAAAGGUUUUAACGGUUCGAGUAAUGUUACGGGAUCAGGAGCACAUUACGGUGGGCAUGCUGGUACACCAAACUCACCACGCCGAAGUGCCAGUCUUUCGCCUGCCGAUACGGCUCCAUUAAGUGGAUGGAAACGACCAUGGAUGUCACAGGGACGAGUUCGGGAGUGUUUGGUAAAUCUUCUAACAACCUGCGGACAGCGUGUUGGACUACCGAAGAGUCCAUCGGAUGAUAUCAUAAGUUCAUUGUAUUCCAAGGUCAUCUUCAGCCAAUCAUCCGAUCUGCUGGAACGCCAAUCGUCCGCAGCUUCCAGUACGGACGAAACCUCCGGUGCUCAGCAGGAUCUGAGCGGUGGUUCGAAACGCGACGACGGUGCGCCCGACUUUGGAGUGUUCAAGGACUUUGACUUCCUCGAGUACGAGAGCGAAAGCAUAGAGGGCGAAUCGACGGACAACUUCAACUGGGGCGUGCGCCGUCGCCCGCUCUCUGAGGGUGAAAAUGAGCCUCACUCCCUGUCGGCCGCCGGUGUCCGCGCAUCACACACCAAUAUCGACGAAAGUCUGAGCGAGAAGACGCCCGUGUUCAAUCGCAGGAAGCGGCCCAAUGCUGACGAUUCUUCAGACGAGGAGGUUGAAUCGGAAUCGCCGCUGGACGAAGAGCCGCGCCCAAUCUUUACGAAGGCAGCCUACCUGAGCGGCCCUCCAACGAGCCUGAGCCUGCGGGAGCGGCGCCAUCGACGGGAUUCGGUGUCGCGCAGCGAUACGAGUGGUUCGAGUGCUGGCGAUCUCGGUGACAUUACGCCGUGCAAUGCGUCACCUCACCUGCCGGGUAUGCACCCAUUCCGCACUGGUCCGAUAAGGGAUGAAAGUGUGGACGUGUGGCGACGCAAUCUGGUGGGGCUGCUCGUGAACCAACCCUCAUCCCAUGCGCCCGAUCUGCUCAACCAAAUGUUCCGCCUAAUCAAAGAGCUGACGGUGCGCUCGAUUGCAAUUUCCAAGGAGUGUAUGCGAUACUUUACCGGGUGCGGAGUACAGCUGGGCCAUCGCAUAUCGGUACUAUCGGACCUGCUGGCCACACGCGGUGAUCCUCCGAAGAUCUGGUAUCAUCAGAGCCUGGCGACCACGCCCCGUCUGUUCGAGAAUCUCCGCUACGGUGUGCUGGAGGUGCAGGAGCACCUGGAAACGUUCUUCGACCGCAAAGAGACGGUGCUGGACAGUUUGGACGAGGUGAAAACGUCUUGCAAAUUGGCACUGUUCACGUCCGACAUUGACUCGGCCAAUGAAGGAACCGGAGGCUCCAGCGCAGUUGUUUCCCUGUCCACCUCCACCGAUCCGGCCACGGCGGAGCUGCUGCUCGAUCUGGGACGCGGGCUGUACAAGCUAAUGUUCCAGUUGCUGCUGCUGAUCGAAUCGGACCAUAAGAUCGCAAUCAGUGUGGUGCAAAAUCUGCGACAAAAUGAACAGAUGCAAGAUCUGUCCAACCUGUACCUGUCCGUACGGGGUGCGCUGCUGCGCUGCAUAGACGACGCCGAGAUGGAAUCGCUGGAUACAUCGACCUCGACUGAGGGAGAAAACACACCCACCCCUUCCCCGGGUUUGCCAAUGAAUAACAGCGAGUUUGAAAACAUUUUGGUCGAGCUGAUCGACAAUCAGCGGUGGUCAGCGGCGAUAAAUCACGUAAAACAGCACAAACAAAUGUCGAAUCAUUCUGCAUCGAAUUACAACCUUUCUGGGGGCGCCAGCGGUAGUAGUGGCGGUGGCAGUGGUGUUGGUGGCAUGAUGUUCGCCUCGGGUGGCGGUAACUGCAGCAUUACUGGUGGCGGCGGCGUUGGCGAUGGUCUGUUCGCCAAUCUUGGCACGGAAUUUAAACCCGUCGAUGAUUUAUCGAUCAUAUUGAACGUUUACGCUCACCGGCUGACGAAGGAUAGAAAUGAUGUGUUCAUUGUUUCACGUUCGGAGCUCGAGCUGAGUGAAAUCUAUCAAAUUCUCAUGGAGAACCUGCUGCACGUGUCGUCAGCGCUAUCGAACAUGGAAAUCAGCAUGAAAGCUAACACAAGUUCCAGCUCCUCGACCGUUACAACGAUGACGACAAUUCCAGCAGUAAUUGGUACGGGCCCCAGCACCGGUCCAGGGAACGGCGGAACCGGAAAUGGCCAUUCAGGAGCACCGGGCAACGCAGCGGGCUCGUUAGCCGGUUCCACUGCACAGGGCAGCAGCAAUCUACCACCACCGCCGCCGCCUGUAUUGGCACCGACCAAUCCGUUCAAAGACACCGUUGACAUCAUUACGACACUGUAGGCAAACUAACGGGGCAAACGACGCUAGGGAGCUGGUAUUGCAAUGUUUGUGGAUGGUCGCUUGUUGCUGUUGAAAUGCCGGCUCUCGGUUUGGGUCGAUCCGCCUGGAACACACCGGACCGGGGCCGGGCUUACACGACGAUGAAGGCUUUUGCAUGCAAAUUUGAUUCCAUUUUGGCGUGACACUCAGGAACCGAACCGGUUUGAUUAUCCACCAUAAUCCGUGUCCUCUUUCCGUCCUGCUGUGUCGUUAUCUUCCGUCAUUUUCCGUCAUUUUCCGUUGUUUUUUUGUCUGAAGCCAUCUUUCAAGGCACUGGUACAACAGCAAAGAAAACCAAUUGAUUUAGCCCGCUUUGUCUGCUGGUGCGAUUUUUACGACGAAUUUAACGCGAAUUGCGAGACCCCAGCACCGAUAUCCAUUCGCCCGUGUAAUGUGAUUUUAAGUGAGGAUCAAACCCAAACUGGAAAAGUCAAAUGUAUUCGAAACGAACCGUUUCACUGGAAACGUGUCACACGGAACACCAAAAAAAAACCGUUUGCGUGAAGCAGCGCAGCAGGGACGGUAUUGUGUGAUAAUAAUGUUGAAGUGAAGCGGUGUGGUCAUUUUUUUUUUGCAUAAAGUCCGCUGCUUGGCGAACGUUCCGAAUUCCAUUUUAAUAAUUUAUCCAUUCAUCCAUCCAUCCAUCCAUCAGCGGGAGGAUUGCUGUGAGUGCGGCUGUCUGUGUUUUAGUAUUAUUUAUGGAUGGUGACAAUUGGCGGCCUAAUGCCUUGUGACGCAGCUUGCGAGCCAGGCAAACGAUAAAGUACUAAUCAAUGAAAUCAUUGUAGCAUGAACAGGACAUUAAAUAAAACCAGAACCAAAAGCCCAGCAGCGAAACAGUUAGAAAAAAAGAACAAAAGAGUGAGACAAAUUUAGGCGCGAGCUCGCGCUUUCGUUGCCACUGCUAUUCGAAUGAGGAGGAAUCGUUGUAUUGUACUGUAGCAUUUUACAAAGUGAUUUGAAAAUAAAACGUAAAACUAAGCGUGUUUGCAUACUA